AUGUGCGUUACAAGCACACAUGCAGCCAUGAAGAACUUCCAGCAGGCGUUGCACGACGGCAGGAAGGCACUGCAGCUGCAGCCGCGGUGGGCCAAGGCGUACUCUCGCAUUGCAGUGGCGCAUUACGGGAUGAAACAGUAUGUGGAGGCAGCAGCAGCAUACGAGAAGGGGCUGAAGUGUGACCCUCUCAGCACCGUGUGCAGGCAAGGGCUGCAACAGGCGCGGGAGAGGUGGCAGCAGGAGGAUGAGAAGGAGGCCAAGAGUGGGAAGCACACGUUUCGCAAGCGGAAAACAGCAGAGGGGGGGGCGAAAGGGGACGGGAAGGGGGGAGAUGCGCUGCCUUCUCAUCCCUGCCACAGCCUUCUCAUCCCUGGCACAGCCUUCUCAUCCCUGGCACAGCCUUCUCAUCCCUGCCACAGCCUUCUCAUCCCUGGCACAGCCUUCUCAUCCCUGGCACAGCCUUCUCAUCCCUGCCACAGCCUUCUCAUCCCUGCCACAGCCUUCUCAUCCCUGCCACAGCCUUCUCAUCCCUGCCACAGCCUUCUCAUCCCUGGCACAGCCUUCUCAUCCCUGGCACAGCCUUCUCAUCCCUGGCACAGCCUUCUCAUCCCUGCCACAGCCUUCUCAUCCCUGCCACAGCCUUCUCAUCCCUGGCACAGCCUUCUCAUCCCUGCCACAGCCUUCUCAUCCCUGGCACAGCCUUCUCAUCCCUGGCACAGCCUUCUCAUCCCUGCCACAGCCUUCUCAUCCCUGGCACAGCCUUCUCAUCCCUGGCACAGCCUUCUCAUCCCUGGCACAGCCUUCUCAUCCCUGCCACAGCCUUCUCAUCCCUGGCACAGCCUUCUCAUCCCUGGCACAGCCUUCUCAUCCCUGGCACAGCCUUCUCAUCCCUGGCACAGCCUUCUCAUCCCUGGCACAGCCUUCUCAUCCCUGGCACAGCCUUCUCAUCCCUGGCACAGCCUUCUCAUCCCUGCCACAGCCUUCUCAUCCCUGGCACAGCCUUCUCAUCCCUGCCACAGCCUUCUCAUCCCUGCCACAGCCUUCUCAUCCCUGCCACAGCCUUCUCAUCCCUGGCACAGCCUUCUCAUCCCUGGCACAGCCUUCUCAUCCCUGGCACAGCCUUCUCAUCCCUGGCACAGCCUUCUCAUCCCUGGCACAGCCUUCUCAUCCCUGGCACAGCCUUCUCAUCCCUGGCACAGCCUUCUCAUCCCUGGCACAGCCUUCUCAUCCCUGGCACAGCCUUCUCAUCCCUGGCACAGCCUUCUCAUCCCUGGCACAGCCUUCUCAUCCCUGCCACAGCCUUCUCAUCCCUGGCACAGCCUUCUCAUCCCUGGCACAGCCUUCUCAUCCCUGCCACAGCCUUCUCAUCCCUGGCACAGCCUUCUCAUCCCUGCCACAGCCUUCUCAUCCCUGGCACAGCCUUCUCAUCCCUGGCACAGCCUUCUCAUCCCUGGCACAGCCUUCUCAUCCCUGGCACAGCCUUCUCAUCCCUGCCACAGCCUUCUCAUCCCUGCCACAGCCUUCUCAUCCCUGGCACAGCCUUCUCAUCCCUGGCACAGCCUUCUCAUCCCUGCCACAGCCUUCUCAUCCCUGGCACAGCCUUCUCAUCCCUGGCACAGCCUUCUCAUCCCUGCCACAGCCUUCUCAUCCCUGGCACAGCCUUCUCAUCCCUGGCACAGCCUUCUCAUCCCUGGCACAGCCUUCUCAUCCCUGGCACAGCCUUCUCAUCCCUGCCACAGCCUUCUCAUCCCUGCCACAGCCUUCUCAUCCCUGGCACAGCCUUCUCAUCCCUGGCACAGCCUUCUCAUCCCUGGCACAGCCUUCUCAUCCCUGGCACAGCCUUCUCAUCCCUGCCACAGCCUUCUCAUCCCUGGCACAGCCUUCUCAUCCCUGGCACAGCCUUCUCAUCCCUGGCACAGCCUUCUCAUCCCUGCCACAGCCUUCUCAUCCCUGGCACAGCCUUCUCAUCCCUGGCACAGCCUUCUCAUCCCUGGCACAGCCUUCUCAUCCCUGGCACAGCCUUCUCAUCCCUGGCACAGCCUUCUCAUCCCUGGCACAGCCUUCUCAUCCCUGGCACAGCCUUCUCAUCCCUGGCACAGCCUUCUCAUCCCUGCCACAGCCUUCUCAUCCCUGGCACAGCCUUCUCAUCCCUGGCACAGCCUUCUCAUCCCUGGCACAGCCUUCUCAUCCCUGCCACAGCCUUCUCAUCCCUGCCACAGCCUUCUCAUCCCUGGCACAGCCUUCUCAUCCCUGGCACAGCCUUCUCAUCCCUGGCACAGCCUUCUCAUCCCUGGCACAGCCUUCUCAUCCCUGGCACAGCCUUCUCAUCCCUGGCACAGCCUUCUCAUCCCUGGCACAGCCUUCUCAUCCCUGGCACAGCCUUCUCAUCCCUGGCACAGCCUUCUCAUCCCUGGCACAGCCUUCUCAUCCCUGCCACAGCCUUCUCAUCCCUGGCACAGCCUUCUCAUCCCUGGCACAGCCUUCUCAUCCCUGCCACAGCCUUCUCAUCCCUGGCACAGCCUUCUCAUCCCUGCCACAGCCUUCUCAUCCCUGGCACAGCCUUCUCAUCCCUGGCACAGCCUUCUCAUCCCUGGCACAGCCUUCUCAUCCCUGGCACAGCCUUCUCAUCCCUGCCACAGCCUUCUCAUCCCUGCCACAGCCUUCUCAUCCCUGGCACAGCCUUCUCAUCCCUGCCACAGCCUUCUCAUCCCUGGCACAGCCUUCUCAUCCCUGGCACAGCCUUCUCAUCCCUGCCACAGCCUUCUCAUCCCUGGCACAGCCUUCUCAUCCCUGCCACAGCCUUCUCAUCCCUGCCACAGCCUUCUCAUCCCUGCCACAGCCUUCUCAUCCCUGCCACAGCCUUCUCAUCCCUGGCACAGCCUUCUCAUCCCUGCCACAGCCUUCUCAUCCCUGGCACAGCCUUCUCAUCCCUGCCACAGCCUUCUCAUCCCUGGCACAGCCUUCUCAUCCCUGCCACAGCCUUCUCAUCCCUGGCACAGCCUUCUCAUCCCUGGCACAGCCUUCUCAUCCCUGCCACAGCCUUCUCAUCCCUGGCACAGCCUUCUCAUCCCUGCCACAGCCUUCUCAUCCCUGGCACAGCCUUCUCAUCCCUGGCACAGCCUUCUCAUCCCUGGCACAGCCUUCUCAUCCCUGGCACAGCCUUCUCAUCCCUGCCACAGCCUUCUCAUCCCUGCCACAGCCUUCUCAUCCCUGGCACAGCCUUCUCAUCCCUGCCACAGCCUUCUCAUCCCUGGCACAGCCUUCUCAUCCCUGGCACAGCCUUCUCAUCCCUGCCACAGCCUUCUCAUCCCUGGCACAGCCUUCUCAUCCCUGCCACAGCCUUCUCAUCCCUGCCACAGCCUUCUCAUCCCUGGCACAGCCUUCUCAUCCCUGGCACAGCCUUCUCAUCCCUGGCACAGCCUUCUCAUCCCUGCCACAGCCUUCUCAUCCCUGGCACAGCCUUCUCAUCCCUGGCACAGCCUUCUCAUCCCUGCCACAGCCUUCUCAUCCCUGCCACAGCCUUCUCAUCCCUGGCACAGCCUUCUCAUCCCUGGCACAGCCUUCUCAUCCCUGGCACAGCCUUCUCAUCCCUGGCACAGCCUUCUCAUCCCUGGCACAGCCUUCUCAUCCCUGGCACAGCCUUCUCAUCCCUGGCACAGCCUUCUCAUCCCUGGCACAGCCUUCUCAUCCCUGGCACAGCCUUCUCAUCCCUGGCACAGCCUUCUCAUCCCUGGCACAGCCUUCUCAUCCCUGCCACAGCCUUCUCAUCCCUGGCACAGCCUUCUCAUCCCUGCCACAGCCUUCUCAUCCCUGGCACAGCCUUCUCAUCCCUGGCACAGCCUUCUCAUCCCUGCCACAGCCUUCUCAUCCCUGGCACAGCCUUCUCAUCCCUGGCACAGCCUUCUCAUCCCUGGCACAGCCUUCUCAUCCCUGCCACAGCCUUCUCAUCCCUGCCACAGCCUUCUCAUCCCUGGCACAGCCUUCUCAUCCCUGCCACAGCCUUCUCAUCCCUGGCACAGCCUUCUCAUCCCUGGCACAGCCUUCUCAUCCCUGCCACAGCCUUCUCAUCCCUGGCACAGCCUUCUCAUCCCUGCCACAGCCUUCUCAUCCCUGCCACAGCCUUCUCAUCCCUGGCACAGCCUUCUCAUCCCUGCCACAGCCUUCUCAUCCCUGGCACAGCCUUCUCAUCCCUGCCACAGCCUUCUCAUCCCUGGCACAGCCUUCUCAUCCCUGGCACAGCCUUCUCAUCCCUGCCACAGCCUUCUCAUCCCUGCCACAGCCUUCUCAUCCCUGGCACAGCCUUCUCAUCCCUGGCACAGCCUUCUCAUCCCUGGCACAGCCUUCUCAUCCCUGGCACAGCCUUCUCAUCCCUGGCACAGCCUUCUCAUCCCUGGCACAGCCUUCUCAUCCCUGGCACAGCCUUCUCAUCCCUGGCACAGCCUUCUCAUCCCUGGCACAGCCUUCUCAUCCCUGGCACAGCCUUCUCAUCCCUGGCACAGCCUUCUCAUCCCUGGCACAGCCUUCUCAUCCCUGCCACAACCUUCUCAUCCCUGCCACAGCCUUCUCAUCCCUGGCACAGCCUUCUCAUCCCUGGCACAGCCUUCUCAUCCCUGGCACAGCCUUCUCAUCCCUGCCACAGCCUUCUCAUCCCUGGCACAGCCUUCUCAUCCCUGCCACAGCCUUCUCAUCCCUGGCACAGCCUUCUCAUCCCUGGCACAGCCUUCUCAUCCCUGCCACAGCCUUCUCAUCCCUGGCACAGCCUUCUCAUCCCUGCCACAGCCUUCUCAUCCCUGGCACAGCCUUCUCAUCCCUGCCACAGCCUUCUCAUCCCUGCCACAGCCUUCUCAUCCCUGGCACAGCCUUCUCAUCCCUGGCACAGCCUUCUCAUCCCUGGCACAGCCUUCUCAUCCCUGGCACAGCCUUCUCAUCCCUGGCACAGCCUUCUCAUCCCUGCCACAGCCUUCUCAUCCCUGGCACAGCCUUCUCAUCCCUGCCACAGCCUUCUCAUCCCUGGCACAGCCUUCUCAUCCCUGCCACAGCCUUCUCAUCCCUGCCACAGCCUUCUCAUCCCUGGCACAGCCUUCUCAUCCCUGGCACAGCCUUCUCAUCCCUGGCACAGCCUUCUCAUCCCUGGCACAGCCUUCUCAUCCCUGGCACAGCCUUCUCAUCCCUGGCACAGCCUUCUCAUCCCUGGCACAGCCUUCUCAUCCCUGGCACAGCCUUCUCAUCCCUGCCACAGCCUUCUCAUCCCUGGCACAGCCUUCUCAUCCCUGGCACAGCCUUCUCAUCCCUGGCACAGCCUUCUCAUCCCUGGCACAGCCUUCUCAUCCCUGCCACAGCCUUCUCAUCCCUGGCACAGCCUUCUCAUCCCUGCCACAGCCUUCUCAUCCCUGGCACAGCCUUCUCAUCCCUGCCACAGCCUUCUCAUCCCUGGCACAGCCUUCUCAUCCCUGGCACAGCCUUCUCAUCCCUGGCACAGCCUUCUCAUCCCUGGCACAGCCUUCUCAUCCCUGCCACAGCCUUCUCAUCCCUGGCACAGCCUUCUCAUCCCUGGCACAGCCUUCUCAUCCCUGCACAGCCUUCUCAUCCCUGCCACAGCCUUCUCAUCCCUGGCACAGCCUUCUCAUCCCUGGCACAGCCUUCUCAUCCCUGGCACAGCCUUCUCAUCCCUGGCACAGCCUUCUCAUCCCUGGCACAGCCUUCUCAUCCCUGCCACAGCCUUCUCAUCCCUGGCACAGCCUUCUCAUCCCUGGCACAGCCUUCUCAUCCCUGGCACAGCCUUCUCAUCCCUGGCACAGCCUUCUCAUCCCUGCCACAGCCUUCUCAUCCCUGCCACAGCCUUCUCAUCCCUGGCACAGCCUUCUCAUCCCUGGCACAGCCUUCUCAUCCCUGGCACAGCCUUCUCAUCCCUGGCACAGCCUUCUCAUCCCUGCCACAGCCUUCUCAUCCCUGGCACAGCCUUCUCAUCCCUGGCACAGCCUUCUCAUCCCUGCCACAGCCUUCUCAUCCCUGGCACAGCCUUCUCAUCCCUGCCACAGCCUUCUCAUCCCUGGCACAGCCUUCUCAUCCCUGGCACAGCCUUCUCAUCCCUGGCACAGCCUUCUCAUCCCUGCCACAGCCUUCUCAUCCCUGGCACAGCCUUCUCAUCCCUGCCACAGCCUUCUCAUCCCUGGCACAGCCUUCUCAUCCCUGCCACAGCCUUCUCAUCCCUGCCACAGCCUUCUCAUCCCUGGCACAGCCUUCUCAUCCCUGCCACAGCCUUCUCAUCCCUGGCACAGCCUUCUCAUCCCUGGCACAGCCUUCUCAUCCCUGCCACAGCCUUCUCAUCCCUGCCACAGCCUUCUCAUCCCUGGCACAGCCUUCUCAUCCCUGCCACAGCCUUCUCAUCCCUGGCACAGCCUUCUCAUCCCUGCCACAGCCUUCUCAUCCCUGGCACAGCCUUCUCAUCCCUGGCACAGCCUUCUCAUCCCUGGCACAGCCUUCUCAUCCCUGGCACAGCCUUCUCAUCCCUGCCACAGCCUUCUCAUCCCUGCCACAGCCUUCUCAUCCCUGGCACAGCCUUCUCAUCCCUGCCACAGCCUUCUCAUCCCUGGCACAGCCUUCUCAUCCCUGGCACAGCCUUCUCAUCCCUGCCACAGCCUUCUCAUCCCUGGCACAGCCUUCUCAUCCCUGCCACAGCCUUCUCAUCCCUGGCACAGCCUUCUCAUCCCUGGCACAGCCUUCUCAUCCCUGCCACAGCCUUCUCAUCCCUGGCACAGCCUUCUCAUCCCUGGCACAGCCUUCUCAUCCCUGGCACAGCCUUCUCAUCCCUGGCACAGCCUUCUCAUCCCUGCCACAGCCUUCUCAUCCCUGCCACAGCCUUCUCAUCCCUGGCACAGCCUUCUCAUCCCUGCCACAGCCUUCUCAUCCCUGGCACAGCCUUCUCAUCCCUGGCACAGCCUUCUCAUCCCUGCCACAGCCUUCUCAUCCCUGGCACAGCCUUCUCAUCCCUGCCACAGCCUUCUCAUCCCUGGCACAGCCUUCUCAUCCCUGCCACAGCCUUCUCAUCCCUGCCACAGCCUUCUCAUCCCUGCCACAGCCUUCUCAUCCCUGGCACAGCCUUCUCAUCCCUGGCACAGCCUUCUCAUCCCUGGCACAGCCUUCUCAUCCCUGGCACAGCCUUCUCAUCCCUGCCACAGCCUUCUCAUCCCUGGCACAGCCUUCUCAUCCCUGGCACAGCCUUCUCAUCCCUGGCACAGCCUUCUCAUCCCUGGCACAGCCUUCUCAUCCCUGCCACAGCCUUCUCAUCCCUGCCACAGCCUUCUCAUCCCUGGCACAGCCUUCUCAUCCCUGGCACAGCCUUCUCAUCCCUGGCACAGCCUUCUCAUCCCUGGCACAGCCUUCUCAUCCCUGCCACAGCCUUCUCAUCCCUGGCACAGCCUUCUCAUCCCUGGCACAGCCUUCUCAUCCCUGCCACAGCCUUCUCAUCCCUGGCACAGCCUUCUCAUCCCUGCCACAGCCUUCUCAUCCCUGGCACAGCCUUCUCAUCCCUGGCACAGCCUUCUCAUCCCUGCCACAGCCUUCUCAUCCCUGGCACAGCCUUCUCAUCCCUGGCACAGCCUUCUCAUCCCUGGCACAGCCUUCUCAUCCCUGCCACAGCCUUCUCAUCCCUGGCACAGCCUUCUCAUCCCUGGCACAGCCUUCUCAUCCCUGGCACAGCCUUCUCAUCCCUGGCACAGCCUUCUCAUCCCUGGCACAGCCUUCUCAUCCCUGGCACAGCCUUCUCAUCCCUGGCACAGCCUUCUCAUCCCUGGCACAGCCUUCUCAUCCCUGCCACAGCCUUCUCAUCCCUGCCACAGCCUUCUCAUCCCUGCCACAGCCUUCUCAUCCCUGGCACAGCCUUCUCAUCCCUGCCACAGCCUUCUCAUCCCUGGCACAGCCUUCUCAUCCCUGGCACAGCCUUCUCAUCCCUGCCACAGCCUUCUCAUCCCUGGCACAGCCUUCUCAUCCCUGCCACAGCCUUCUCAUCCCUGGCACAGCCUUCUCAUCCCUGCCACAGCCUUCUCAUCCCUGCCACAGCCUUCUCAUCCCUGGCACAGCCUUCUCAUCCCUGGCACAGCCUUCUCAUCCCUGGCACAGCCUUCUCAUCCCUGCCACAGCCUUCUCAUCCCUGGCACAGCCUUCUCAUCCCUGGCACAGCCUUCUCAUCCCUGGCACAGCCUUCUCAUCCCUGGCACAGCCUUCUCAUCCCUGCCACAGCCUUCUCAUCCCUGCCACAGCCUUCUCAUCCCUGGCACAGCCUUCUCAUCCCUGGCACAGCCUUCUCAUCCCUGGCACAGCCUUCUCAUCCCUGGCACAGCCUUCUCAUCCCUGCCACAGCCUUCUCAUCCCUGGCACAGCCUUCUCAUCCCUGCCACAGCCUUCUCAUCCCUGGCACAGCCUUCUCAUCCCUGCCACAGCCUUCUCAUCCCUGGCACAGCCUUCUCAUCCCUGGCACAGCCUUCUCAUCCCUGCCACAGCCUUCUCAUCCCUGGCACAGCCUUCUCAUCCCUGGCACAGCCUUCUCAUCCCUGGCACAGCCUUCUCAUCCCUGCCACAGCCUUCUCAUCCCUGGCACAGCCUUCUCAUCCCUGGCACAGCCUUCUCAUCCCUGGCACAGCCUUCUCAUCCCUGGCACAGCCUUCUCAUCCCUGGCACAGCCUUCUCAUCCCUGGCACAGCCUUCUCAUCCCUGGCACAGCCUUCUCAUCCCUGGCACAGCCUUCUCAUCCCUGCCACAGCCUUCUCAUCCCUGCCACAGCCUUCUCAUCCCUGCCACAGCCUUCUCAUCCCUGGCACAGCCUUCUCAUCCCUGCCACAGCCUUCUCAUCCCUGGCACAGCCUUCUCAUCCCUGGCACAGCCUUCUCAUCCCUGCCACAGCCUUCUCAUCCCUGCCACAGCCUUCUCAUCCCUGCCACAGCCUUCUCAUCCCUGGCACAGCCUUCUCAUCCCUGCCACAGCCUUCUCAUCCCUGCCACAGCCUUCUCAUCCCUGCCACAGCCUUCUCAUCCCUGGCACAGCCUUCUCAUCCCUGGCACAGCCUUCUCAUCCCUGGCACAGCCUUCUCAUCCCUGGCACAGCCUUCUCAUCCCUGGCACAGCCUUCUCAUCCCUGGCACAGCCUUCUCAUCCCUGGCACAGCCUUCUCAUCCCUGGCACAGCCUUCUCAUCCCUGGCACAGCCUUCUCAUCCCUGGCACAGCCUUCUCAUCCCUGGCACAGCCUUCUCAUCCCUGGCACAGCCUUCUCAUCCCUGCCACAGCCUUCUCAUCCCUGCCACAGCCUUCUCAUCCCUGGCACAGCCUUCUCAUCCCUGGCACAGCCUUCUCAUCCCUGGCACAGCCUUCUCAUCCCUGCCACAGCCUUCUCAUCCCUGGCACAGCCUUCUCAUCCCUGCCACAGCCUUCUCAUCCCUGGCACAGCCUUCUCAUCCCUGGCACAGCCUUCUCAUCCCUGCCACAGCCUUCUCAUCCCUGGCACAGCCUUCUCAUCCCUGGCACAGCCUUCUCAUCCCUGGUACAGCCUUCUCAUCCCUGCCACAGCCUUCUCAUCCCUGGCACAGCCUUCUCAUCCCUGGCACAGCCUUCUCAUCCCUGGCACAGCCUUCUCAUCCCUGCCACAGCCUUCUCAUCCCUGGCACAGCCUUCUCAUCCCUGGCACAGCCUUCUCAUCCCUGGCACAGCCUUCUCAUCCCUGGCACAACCUUCUCAUCCCUCCUCGCCUUCGCCCCCUCCCCCUCCCAACCGUCCCCCUCCUGUCGCCCUCCCCCUCUCUCGCCACCUUCUUUUCCCCUCCCCUUCCGCCCGCCUCCUCUCCCCUUCCUCCAUGCGAGCACCAACCUCCAGCACACACACUGCUCUAUCCUUAUCCUUUUCCUUCCGCCCGCCUCCUCUCCCCUUAUCCUUCCUUUUCCGUAA